AGUUUUCUAAGUUAUCUCCUUCUCUUCUCCAAUUACAGUUGGUUUGCAGAUCAAAAUGAGAAGCUUAAUGAAUCUGCGGCAAUGGCCUCUUCUUGCUGUUGCUUUGGUAAUUUGCUUAGCAGCCAGCACUGUUUUUGCUGAUUACUCUUAUGGGUAUGCUUCUCCCUCACCUUCUAAGAAGUACUACAAAUCACCAUCUCCAUCUAAGUAUGUUGUACCCACCAUUCCUUACUACAAGAAACCAGAAAAAUCUGCUGAAAGCUACAAAUUGCCUGUACCUUCAAAGCACAAAUAUUACAAGUCGUCAUCACCAGUAAAAUAUUACAAAUCUCCUUUACCGGCAAAAUAUUACAAGUCGCCUGCUCCAUCGAAGCAAUACUACAAGUCACCAUCGCCGGUAAAAUACUACAAAUCACCAUUGCCAGUUAAGUACUACAAGUCACCUGCUCCUUCAAAGUACUACUACAAGUCACCAUCACCAGUAAAGUACUACAAGUCGCCUGCUCCUUCAAAGCAAUACUAUAAGUCACCAUCACCGGUAAAGUACUACAAAUCACCAUCGCCAGUAAAGUACUACAAAUCACCAUCCCAAACAAAAUAUUAUAAAUCACAUGCUCCUUCUAAAUACUACAACUCACCGCCACCAACAAAAUAUUACAAGUCACCAGUUUAUUACAAGCCUCCACCACCACCAGCGUAUUACGUAAAGUUACCUUCAUACGACAAAUCACCUCCACCUCCUCCUAAAUACUACGAGCAAUCACCAUCUUCUUACAAAUCUCCACCACCUCCACCAAAAUACAAUGAGCAACCAUCUUCAUACUACUCUCCGCCGCCACCAGCACCAUCAAAAUACUACGAGCAACCACCAAUUAAUUAUAAGUCCCCACCUCUACCUUAUUAUGAAUCACCACCACCUCCACCAAAGACCUAUGAACAAUCGCCAUCAUACUACUCACCUCCACUUCCAACAAACUACGUUAAACAAAUUCCCAACUUUGCCUCACCUCCAACACCUAAAAAGUACGAGCAAUCUGCCACCUAUGUUUCACCUCCACCCCCACCAACCUACUACUAAUAUUCAAAUUGUUCACUUCCAUAAUUUUCCACAACUUCCUUGACGAUUAACUCAUUUUCAUCCUCCUAUUUGGAGCAAUUCCAUUGCCUCUGCCAAUUGUUUUUUGUAUGCUUCCGAAGUGAUCGGCUUUGCUUGCUUUCUGUUCUUUUCUUGUAAUAAUUUGUAUCUGUAUUAUUUGAGAUUUAAGUAAGAUCCUCGAGAUCUCCAUCUGUUUGGCUCGUUUAGUCAAAAGAUUCUUUUGGUGUAUUUCUUGAGAAUUAUAUUAAUGAUUACUACUAUC